AUGCCUGGUCCCGGAAGAUACGAACGGGUUAAUGAACACGAUGACGACGACCUCCAAUCGUCGUACGAACCAAAACCUUUACACCCGGUCCCCAGCUCGCCGCCGCCAUCAUUCCACUCACGAGCCUCUUCUCUGACUCGACGAAAUCGUGUUGACCCGGACCUGGAAGAUGCGUUUGACGAUGAGGAUGCUAGUGACGAUGAAGCCGACGAUAGACAACGUCUCGUGAGACAUAAUACCACGCCUUCUACCACCAAUUUGCCGCCCGUCGAUCAUGAGCCGUCAUCUCCCCAGCCGACGCUAGCACAACCAAAUUCGUCAUCGGGUUCACGACCACGAGUCGUUGGGGGCGGUGUAGGCACAGACGGUGUUUUCGCAAACAUGUCGGCACGUCCUGAGAGAUCAGACUCUGAGAAGGAUGAACAGCCGCCGUCAUAUGAGCAAGCCGCCGCCGACGCUGCGCCGCCAUACUGGGAAACAACUAUUCUGGCACCUGGCCUGGGCGGCCUGGAUGAAGUCUAUGUUGACGGAAUGCCUGUUGGCUCAGUGUUUUCCUUCAUAUGGAACGGCAUGAUAUCGACCUCUUUCCAGCUCGUUGGCUUUCUGCUCACAUACCUACUCCACUCAACACAUGCCGCCAAAAACGGAUCGCGUGCCGGUCUAGGAAUCACACUGAUACAAUAUGGUUUCUACAUGAAGGACUCUGGAAGCGGCGAUGCCCCAGUGAUGAGUGGCCCUGACGGCUAUGCCGCUCCGCCGGAUCCAAACUCACAUGACUUUAACGCAGGCGAUGUCACAGAUGGCGGUUCGACGACGAUUACUGGAAGCGAGUGGAUGGGAUAUGUGCUGAUGGUGGUAGGAUGGUUUAUCCUUAUCAAGAGUGUGGCUGAAUUCCUGAAGGCUCGAAGACAUGAGCAACUAGUGCUACAGAGCCCUGAUCGAGGACUGGCUGUGCCGAUUGUUGCUGAGGGAGAGAGCCCCGAACGAGUGGUUUAG